GUUUCCGGGCCGGGCCGGAGGGAGGCUGGGCCGGGCCCGGCCCCGCCGCCAUGGCCGAGGUCUCGGCGGAGCUGGAUCUGUUCCGUCGCCGCUGGCGGGAGGAGCUGGCGGGGGGCGCGAAGCGGCGGCGGCGGGAGGCGGUAGCGGAGCCCGAGGCGAGCAGCAGCAGCUCGGAGCCGGGCGAGCCGGGCUACCUGGCGCUGGCCCGCGGCCUGCUGGACGGCGGCUCCCAGCCCGCCCCGGCCCGCCGCAGCCCGUCGCCUGCCCGCCCCGCCGAGGAGCCCGCGGGGGACGGAGGCGGCGACGGCAGCGACGAUCUAUUGGGGCAGCUCAUCCGGGACCUGAAUGAAAUAAAUGAGAUUCCUUUCUUUGAUGUCCAGCUGCCUUAUGAACUGGCACUGAAGAUAUUUCAGUACUUGGGCAAGGCUGAAUUAGGAAGAUGUGCUCAGGUCAGCAGGACAUGGAAAGUCCUUGCAGAAGAUGAAGUGCUGUGGUACAGGCUGUGCCAGCAGGAAGGAUACCUGCUGGACACCAGCAUCUCUGACCAUUCCUCCUGGAAGCUGGCCCUCAAGAGCUGCCGUGCCCGGGAGCGCGCCCUGACCACCAACUGGAAGAACCGCAUCGGUGCUGUGAGCCAGCUGCAGUAUGAGCUGGGAAAAGUCCUGUGUGAUGUGCACUCUUGGGAUGGAGUUGUCAUUGCUGGAUACACAUCAGGAGAAGUGAGGUUGUGGGACACUCGCACCUGGGACUACACAGCCCCCAUCCUGGAAGCAGUGCACGGUCCUGGUGAUGCUGGACCUCAGCCACAUGUCUCCUUUGUGAGGAUAAACAGCUCCCUGGCUGUAGCAGCCUACGAGGACGGAACCAUCAGUGUCUGGAGCCUGCUGCUGGGACGGGAGCCAAUCCAUCAUUACCAGCACAACCAGAGGGUCCAGGCUCUAGCUCUGGCUUCAGAGGGUGCCACGGUGGCCACAGCAUCUGGCUUCCAGGUCAAAGUGGAAAGCCCUAAUGACAAAGGGGUCUGGCAAACUGCAGGAUCAUUUGACAUCCAGAAACUGGUCAACUUCCUGCACGUCAUACCAGGUGUGACAGGAAACCCAGUGGCAGUGGCAGCUGCAGAGGACAUUGUCUACCUCCUGAAAGCAGAGGAUCCUGUGAAAAUUCUCCAUUCUGUCUAUGGCCAGCCUGUUACAUGCCUUGAUGUGUCUGCUCAUGAGGCAGCCUUUGGGGUCAAAACCUUUGGCUGGCUACUGAAUGAGCCCAACCAGAUUCUUCUUUACAAUCUGGAAACCAGUCAGUGCCUGAGGAAGAUGGGCAACUCUAUGGGUGACUUUACGUGUGUCAACCUCCAGAACAGUCCUCCAAACAUGCUUGUAGCGGGCAAUAAAGACAGAAGGGUCAGGGUGUUCGACCUGCGCCGCAGCCAAGCUUUGUGCUCCCUCUAUGCUCACCACCUGGGGGUGACUGCAGUCCAGAUGGAUGACUGGAAGGUGGUCAGUGGAGGAGAAGAGGGCUUGGUCUGCGUCUGGGACCAGCGGAUGGGCACCAAGCUCUGGGAGAUGCACGCCAGGCACCCAGUCCGGCACGUGUGGUUCGACUCCCACAGCCUCAUCACCGCCAACGUCCCCGAGGAGAAGGGCCCCCGGGGCGCCCCCGACGACGACUUCGCCACCCACCGCAAGCACCGAGGGACCAUCUAUGCCUACGAGUUCUCCGUGGACCAGCUGGCUGUGGAAAGCGUCCUCCCCAUCUGCCGCUCCUCCUACGACGAGGCCACGGGGUACAACUACAACAUCGGCCUCACAGUGCCCUAUGACAACAUCUAGGCACCUCACCUCACUUGGCUCCUGUGGGCCAGCCCCCUGCCAAGUCCGUGGCCAAAGGCAAGGAGGUCCACGUGGAGCAAAGGCCAGAGAGCUGGCGUCGGCUGCAGGCGCGUCGGAUGGGCUGGGCCUCCGCUGGGAGCUCCAGGAGCUGAAGCAGAGCAGGGAGUGUGGCUGCCCUGGAGCGUUGCACUGAAAUCUGCUGCCCCACAAAUGUUCAGAGGUCCACUGUGGUGGAGCAGAGAGGCUGAAGAGUGAGAGGGAACAACACACUUGAGUGUGUUGAAUGUUCCUUCCUGCUGCUGGUGGGGAAAAUGCUCCUGCACCCUCCUUGACAGACGAUAUGGUCAGGAAGCCAGAGCCCCAGGGCAAAGUGCUGCAGGCUGGAAGCACACUGAGGGGUUCAUGCCUGUCCUAAGAGGGGAAAAAACCCACCAAGGACUUGGAGAAAGCAUCCUGCUGAGCCACAUGCUGGAAAUUUCUCUCCUUGUGCUGAGCUGCUGGCUCUUCUGUUCUUUGGAGUGCAUCAGAAUGUGUCUAGGAUGAGCACCAUGCACAAAGGGUUAGGGCAGCUGGGAGAGGGAAGGAGGUUGGAGAAGGGGAGGAGGAGGCUGGCCUGGGCCUGGCUGGGUGCUUGGCAGCUCUGCAGGGCCACACUCUUCCAAAAGAAUUUAUUUUUUUAAUUCU